GACCGCCCAUCUUGAUCCCUUCCCACCUCUCGUCAACCAUCCCAUCCCAACACCAACAAAUUAAAUCAAGAUGGCUCCCGCUGCAUCCGGCGCGAAGAAGCAGAAGAAGAAGUGGUCCAAGGGCAAGGUCAAGGACAAGGCCCAGCACGCCGUCAUUCUUGACAAGGCCACCUCGGAGAAGCUGUACAAGGAUGUCCAGUCCUACCGUCUCGUCACCGUCGCCACCCUGGUGGACAGACUCAAGAUCAACGGCUCUCUGGCCCGCCACUGCCUGAAGGACCUCGAGGAGAAGGGACAGAUCCGACCCAUCGUGACGCACAGCAAGAUGAAGAUCUACACCCGCGCCGUGGGUAGCUCUGACUAAACAACCCUCGUGCUCUUCCACUCGAUCAAACCACACGAUACUCGAGUCCUUAUCCAUGAUGACGCCUCGGCACAACAUCGAUGGAUGAUGAAUUGAAGGGAGCUCCCGCAAAGGGGCAGGUUGCAAUGGCAUGGACAAGAACAAAAAUUUUCAGGCUGGGCGUUUCUGGUCAGGUCUGAUCUCGGUUCUUUGGUCAUGGCUGGAAAGGGAAUACGGAAUUGAUAUUACGUUAUCUUUCAGCCCGGGGACAUCACUUGCUGGGUGUAGCAUAACAGCUGGGUCGGAAGUGCUCUGAGCCCAUGAACAAUGGAGCGGCAUUGAACAACAUGUUGAACCUGCAAGGCCACAAGCCGACUGUCGUCGACUGCCGUUGCGCGUGAUGUGUCCUCGUACAAAUGAGGCGGCCUGUUCAAGGGGUGGCUCUGUGAAUCUAGUGUAAUCCAGCUUCGAACUGUGGCAUGGAGCCAGGCUUGAGCGUACUAUCCAACCCAAUUCGAUGGACUUUGCUAACUCGCUCAACGGCGGGCACAUUGAGUCCCAGGUGAGGCAGCAGCCUUGCUAGCUGGAUCCUGCCACCUGGUAAUGGUCAAGGCCACCCAGGUCAUAAGCCCG